AUGGAUAUUUCAGUGCGGCGCUGGGAUGGCGAGAUAGUACCAGCAUUAAGGAGGAGACUUGAGUCAGAGAGCACUGAGAUUACGCGGAGGAUGUCGGCGCAUAAUGAUAGUGCUACAGGGCCACUGAGCCAGUACAAUGAGCAUUACGGUCAGCAUGAGCAGCACAGCGAGCAGUAUCAAUACCACGAUGAUCAGUAUCACCAACACAAUCUUCCUAACCUCCCAACCCCCAAAUCCAAAGCGAAAGUGAAGCAAAGUCGAAGCAGGGACAACUUCGCGUUUGUAGAGCCCCUGCCUGCAUCACUGUUGCAUGAGAAGAUGCCAGAUGGUACAGCUUCAGAUGACAGCAGCGAGGAGGACGCCUUGAUUCACUCUACAGACGCACACAUAAAGUUCCCCCAACAAAUUCGACAGCCUGGCGGGAAUGUACUCACCAAGAGCAAUAUACCUAGAAUGGUGAGACCUCGCGCUAAUACCAACUUGACAAUGAUGCAUCAACGACAUCGAAGCGACGAUGACGAAAUGAUGGAGAUAGCUAAAAUGGGUCACACAAGCUAUUUGAAUGAGAAUGCGGAGGGUAUUUAUGGUGGGUACGAGCGCGGCUAUGAUGGUGGAUAUCAACGUGGAUCCGAUGGUGGACAUGAGCCUGGACAUGAUGGCAAAGAUACACAGGAAAAUGAAUCAACUCGCGGUGAGAAAGCAAUUAAUAGCUCACAAGGUAGUAGAGCGCAGGGUGGUCGUAGUCACAGCUCAUUUGGAAUGUAUGAUAGCCACAACAAGCCAAAAAAGAAGAUAAAAAAGAGAAUGCCUGUGAAAGGACGAGCAUCUGAGCCAUACAGACCACAAAGACCACCAACGCCUGAGACAGUUGUGGAUUUAGCGCCUUGGAGUGUACCACCGUCAACAUCAACGAGCUUACCACCAGGAAAGAGUUGGGAUGAUGUAGUUGUGCCUACUCUGGCUCGCAAGAUGGAAAUGGAAAGAAAUCGCGAUGAUAUUGAGAGAAAGGCAGAUAAUAGAGUGAGCAAGGAUGAUAUUGAGUUGGAUACGAUACAAGAUCACCGCAAUUCACAAGUCACACAAGAUGAAGGCGUUAAUGAGCUCACAAGUCAAUCAACGCGACCAGAAGACAUAGCUGAAAUGGCAUUGCCGAAAAGUGAAACACUAACACCGCACCAAAAGGAAAUGUCAAAGACACCGUCACAAGACUCACAUGGGGAUAUGGCUAAAAGCAUGGCUAAGAGCUCAAUGCAGCAGCCAACGCAGCAGCCAAUGCAACCGACAACUAAACAACCGACGCAACAGUCACCACCACUGCAAAAAAACAAUCAACCAGAGCAACGAGAGCAACGAGUGGAGAAGAAGUUCAUGGACCACAUCGACCAAGGUGACAUGGCAGAUCUCAGUGAGACGAAUGGGCUAGGAUUACCGAUAAGGAAAAAGAGGAAUUUUAAAAAUCUGCAGCUGUCAGUGGAAGAGAAGAAAUCGAUACCCAAGGAGAAGGAGAAAGCUAAAGGGGAAGAGAGGUUGAAGGAGGACAAGGGAGAAUUGCAGCAGGCGCAUUCACAGCAGUCGCAGCAACCACAUCCAAUGCCACCGCCUCAACGCAAAAACAGACCACCGCCUCUACAGCCAGCAUCGACGAAUACGCCAAUGUAUCAAUCACCAGAGGACGAUCUCAGUGAGAGAAUAGCGUUGCUCGAUCCAACUGGUCAGAAGGAAAUAAGGGGUGAUGAACUCAAAGUUCUUGAUGAGCUGGGUUCUGGAAAUGGUGGUACAGUGUCGAAAGUUGUCCACGAGCCUAGCAACACGACGAUGGCGAAGAAGACAAUCCUCAUUGAAAGCCAAUCACCAAUUCGCAGACAAAUACUGCGCGAGUUACAAAUACUGCAUCACUGUCAUUCUGACUACAUAAUUGAAUUCUACGGUGCGUAUUUAGAGGGACCGCACAUAUGUAUGUGUAUGGAAUAUAUGGAUAGAGGCUCCCUUGAUCGCAUUAUACGCAAACAUGGACCAGUAUCAUACGAUGUUUUUGGUCAAAUCGCUUUGAGUGUCCUGCGCGGGUUGACAUAUCUGUAUGAUGUGCAUAGGAUCAUCCACAGAGACGUUAAACCGUCAAACAUACUAAUAAACUCAAAGGGACAGAUAAAAUUAUGUGAUUUUGGCGUUAGCGGGGAGCUUAUCAACUCGAUAGCAGAUACCUUUGUAGGUACAUCAACCUACAUGUCUCCGGAGCGUAUCCAGGGCGCACAAUAUACCGUCAAGUCAGAUGUGUGGAGUUUAGGAAUUACCAUGAUAGAGAUAGCGCUUGGUAGAUUCCCAUUUGCAGAUGUGGAAGAGGAAGAGAGUGAGGAGGAGGGUAGAGAGGAUGAUCUGACGCUGAAUGCCAACUCAACGCUGAGUCCAUCGAAUGCUACAAGGCCUAGGGCUUCUUCAAGAGCAGGAACUACUAUAGGAGUUACUCAAGGUGUUGCUAUGAAGCAGUCGGUGAAAACACACGCGCCCAAGAAGAAGACAAAGGGGGUAAUGUCGAUACUUGAUCUAUUGCAAUUUAUAGUAAAUGAGGAUCCACCUAGGCUCACAAAGUUUGGGAAAAACGCACAAGAUUUCGUCGACAAGUGCCUGAUUAAGGAUGUUAAAUUACGACCAACACCAAAACAACUGCUCGAACAGAAUUUAAUCCAAGAAGCUUUAAAGAAGGAAAUUAAAUUAAAUGAAAUAUUAUAA